GCGCAUGCGCAUCAUAACAAGCUGUCACCUGUGUGACCGUCACCAUGGUUCGGGUCCCCGUCCCCGGUCCUGUCUCCGGUUCUGUCUGAGACUUUGUCCCCCGGAUGUUGUCGCUGCUCCGCCGGAGGCUCCGGCCGCUCAGCGGGCCGCCGGGCCGUUUCUCUGCCGGCUCAGCUCGCUCCUUCAGCGGCUCUCCUCCUCCGGAGCUUCCCGCCGCCCGGGUCCGCAGCACCUUCCUGGACUUCUUCCGGCAGAGACACGGACACCGGCUGGUCCCGUCCUCCCCUGUCCGGCCCAGAGGAGACCGCAGCCUGCUGUUCGUCAACGCGGGAAUGAACCAGUUUAAGCCCAUCUUCCUGGGGACGGCCGACCCUCGCAGCGAGAUGGCCUCGUACCGCCGAGUGGUCAACAGUCAGAAGUGCGUCCGAGCCGGCGGCAAACACAACGACCUGGAGGACGUGGGCCGAGAUGUGUACCACCACACCUUCUUCGAGAUGCUGGGGAACUGGUCGUUUGGAGACUACUUCAAGUGUGUCUGUCCUCAGAGGUCGAGGGUGGGGUCAUACGGCGGCAGGACAGGCACGGCAGACGAGGGGAAGGUGGACAUGGCGUACCGAGUGGUGGCCGACCACAUCCGUACUCUGUCAGUCUGCAUUGCUGAUGGAAUCUAUCCAGGCAUGUCAGGAGCAGAGCUGGUGUUGAGGAGGAUUCUGCGGCGGGCGGUUCGGUUUUGUGCAGAGGUUCUUCAGGCUCCUCAGGGAGUGCUGGCCAGCCUGGUUCCUACUGUCACACACACACUGGGUGAUGUGUACCCGGAGCUCCACAGGGAGGCCGACAGGAUCAUGGACGUCAUCAACGAGAACGAGGCUCACUUCCUGUCGUCUCUGCAGCAGGGCAGCCGGCUGAUCCUCAGAACACUCAACAGAAUGGACUACAAAGAUGGAGUCUUCCCGGCAUCGGUGGCUUGGUCUCUGCACAGGGACCUGGGUUUCCCUCUGGACCUGGUGGACCUGAUGCUGGAGGACAGAGGAGUUCAGGUGGACCAUCAGGAGCUGGACCGACUCGUGGCAGAGAACCAGAAGGUGAUGUCUGAUCUUCGGUCAGGUGCUGGGUCUCAGCUGAUGUUGGACAUCGUCAGUCUGGCAAACCUGCAGCGUCUCAGCGUCCCUCACACUGACGACACUCUGAAAUACCAGUACAGACUGGAGGAGGACAGAUACGUGUUCCCAGCAUGCCGCGCGACAGUCCUGGCUCUGUAUGACGGUCAGGGACUGGUGUCGGAGGUUACUGAGGGUCAGCGCUGCGGUGUCAUCCUGGAUCAAACCUGCUUCUACUCCGAGCAGGGGGGGCAGUCACAUGACCAGGGCUACUUCACCCGCCAAGGACUGCAGGACGUCCUGUACCCCGUGGAGGCCGUGGUCCUGGCGGGGGGUUACGUGGUCCAUCAGGUGACUGCAGCAGACAGCCUGAAAACUGGAGACCAGGUCCAGCUGCACCUGGACCAGGACCACAGGUUGUCCUGUAUGGUGAAUCACACAGCAACUCACAUCCUGAACUUUGCUCUGAGGAAAGUUUUGGGUCACUCAGUUCAGCAGAGAGGAUCUCACGUGUCAGCUGAUCGCCUGCGCUUUGACUUCAGUGUCAAGAGUUCACUGGAUGUCUCUCAGCUGCAGGAGGUAGACAGGUGUGUUCAUGACAUCAUCUCAGCCAAUCACGUCGUCCACAGCCAGGAGCUUCCUCUGCAGGCAGCCAGGAGCAUCGAGGGACUGAGGACAGUGGACGAGGUGUAUCCGGACCCUGUUCGGGUAGUGUCUGUGGCGGUGCCGGUCUGUGACCUGGUGGAUGAUCAGGCCGACAGAGAGACGUCUGUGGAGCUCUGCUGCGGAACCCACCUGCUGCAGACUGGAGCCAUCAAGGACCUGGUGAUAGUUUCUGAGAGACAGCUGGUGAAAGGAAUCAGUCGCAUCAUCGCUGUGACGGGACGUGAGGCGUCACGGGCUCGAGAGGAUGGGCAGGUUUUGUCUCAGGAUGUGGACUCUCUGUCUGCCAGAGUAGCAGGCUCCACCCCCUCCAGCCUUGAGUCCGCUCAGUGCCUCGCCAAGGAGAUAGGAGUCCUCUCUGAUGCUGUGGAUAACACCCCCAUCCCUCAGUGGCAGCGCAGAGAGCUGCAGAGUCGACUCCGAGCUCUGCAGAGGACCAGUAACACCACCGUCAGGAAACUGGAGAGCAGAGAGGCUGCGGUGAGAGCUCAGGCGCUGCUGGAGAAGAACGGCAAGAAGGAUCUGCAGGUGGACUUGGUGGAGACGAACUCUCUGUCGAUUGUGAUGAAGACGGUGAAUCAGCUGAGCACCGCAGCUCCUCUCAGUUAUGUGAUGCUGCUCGCUCACCAGAGGCAUUCUGGGAAGGUUCUGUGUGCCUGCCAGGUUCCAAAGGACUCGCCCUCCCUCUUGGCCUCUGAUUGGGCGGUGGCGGUAUGUCAUCACCUUGGGGGGAGCGCCGGGGGCUCUGCGCUGGUUGCCAAGGGAACAGGAAGCAGCAGUGACAUCACUGAGGCUCUGAGGUGGGCAGAGGAGUUCGCUCGGCAGAAAAUACAGCGAUGAGGUCAUAAAGCAAGAAAUGACAUCAUCCUGCUGGAAGCUGAGAGGGUCACGUACCUGCUGCAUAGAGGAACUGUUUCCUGUUUGAACAGGAAUUCAGGGGGCAAGACGUGGGAUUAUUAUAGACGUCUGUUUGGGAGCAAAGGGUGUGGCCUGGUUGGUAGGCAGGGCUUCUUUUUGCUGCUGUCAGCCAAUCAGAGUUUUCAAAUGAUUUCACAAUAUUUAUAAUUCAUCAUAGAAACAUUUAGCAUGAUGCUACGUCCUGUGACAUGCUAUCAGUGCACCGCAGUAAAGGUACAGGUGACUGUAAGCCCCACCCACAGCUGCAGUCAGGUCCUUCUUAUUGGACAAUACAGUCAGGUGUGAAGGUUUAUUAUUUAUACCUGACAAUAUUUUAUAAAUCUGAACUUUUCAUUUCUUUGUUUCACAAUAAAUCACUGCUCAAACUGA